UUUCAAACCAAAAGAGUUGGAUUUGGAUACAUUAUAGUUCAUAGAUGAGCCAAAACCAAAACAGCCCAAUUUUAACAAAGCUGAAAAACAUCAAAGACUCCCACCAUCCAUAUCCUUUCUCUUCAAUGGACUGGAUUUGGUCCCAACGUUUCCAUCUCCUCUCUUUUUCUCUUCUUACCUUUCUCAUUGCUCUAUCGGACGCCCAGAAGCAGAAACCCUUCCGACCACAUUCUUUCAUCCUUCCCAUCACCAAAGAUGCACCAACUCUCCAAUACGUGACCCAAAUUAGGCAAAGGACUCCAUUUGUGACGGUUGAUCUUGUUGUAGACCUCGGAGGCCAAUUCCUAUGGGUGGACUGUGAAUCUGCCUACUUCUCAUCCUCCUACCACCCAGUCCCCUGCAACUCCUCUCAGUGCUCAGCCACCGGAGCCAAUGGCUGUGGGCAAUGCCUCUUACCCGCAAGCCCUGGCUGCAGCAACAACACCUGUGUUCUCUUCCCAGGUAACACAGUCACUAAGACGACCACCAGUGGAGAGCUCACUGAAGACAUGAUUGCCGUCCGCUCAACAGAUGGGUCCUCGCCUGCCACCCGAAUUGUCUCCGUCCCUCGCUUCCUCUUCACAUGUUCCGCCAGAUUCCUCUUGGAACGCCUCGCUGGUGGCGUCAAAGGUAUGGCGGGGUUAGGCCGGGGCCCAAUUGGGAUGCCAUCUCAGUUGGCAGCUGCAUUCAGCUUCCCCCGGAAAUUUGCUGUUUGUUUACCAUCGUCGGCGAACGUCACCGGCGUAAUAUUCUUCGGUGACGUGCCUCAUAACUUGCUUCCAGAAGUCGAAGUCUCCCGGAUUCUGAGCUACACCCCACUCAUCACCAACCCUGUAAGCGCAGCGUCAACUUUCACAAAAGGGGAGCCUUCGGUUGAGUACUUCAUUGGCGUCAAAUCGAUUGAAAUCAACAAGAAGCCCGUCCUGUUGAACUCAGACUUGCUAUCCAUCGACGGAGAAGGCGUGGGUGGGACAAAAAUCAGCACUGUUGUGCCCUACACCACUCUGGAGACCUCCAUUUACAACUCUGUAACUGGUGCUUUCAUGGAGGAGGCCAUCUCCAUGGGCAUUACGAGAGUGGGAGCUGUGGCACCAUUCGGGGCAUGUUUUAGUUCAGAGAGCAUCAGAGGCAGUCGGAUGGGAGCAGAAGUUCCCAGCAUCGAUCUGGUGUUGCAGGGGCAGAGUGUAUGGAGGAUCUUCGGGAAGAAUGCAAUGGUGGAUGUGAGGGAAGGCGUGCUGUGUUUGGGGUUCUUGGAUGGAGGUAGGAACCCCAGAACUUCGAUCGUUUUAGGGGGUCACCAGUUGGAGGACAUUCUUCUACAGUUUGAUCUUAAGACUUCGAAGCUGGGAUUCAGCCCAUUGCUCCAUUAUAGACAGACGAGCUGUGCUAACUUCAUCUUCACAACCACUGCCUCUUAGCUCCCCAGAACUUGUCGUAUUAAUUGAUCUCAGUCCGUGCUUUUCCUCCUAAUGAAUCUAGAUCUCGUUUUAAUUAUGCUUACUGUUGUUUCUUCCCUCGUUUUUGUUUACAUCUCUGUCCAAUUAAUGUUCUCUGAAUUACUAUAAGAAUUCAGAUUAAAGAAAGUUUGAUUCAUAUCUUCAGUUUUAUAUGGAUAAGGCGUUGUGGCACUAA